AGGCCAUGUCUGCGCAAAGCGAUACGCCCAAACAUGCUCCGGACGCCGCUGAUAAGACAACUACUGACGACUCCCCGGUGCAUCCCGCGUUCUCGUCCCCCAAUGCGGACAUCGUCCUGCGCUCGAAGGACGGCACGCUCUUCCGGAUAUCCUCAGAGACCCUCAGCCGGUCCUCGGCAUGGUUCCGCUCCAUGCUCACUCUCCCGCAAGGCGCCGCCCAACCAGCCGCGGAGCCCAUCUCUGUCGACGAGUCCGAGGCGGUCCUCGAAGCCCUGCUCUCGAUGAUCAGCGGCAUCGAGCUCCCCGCGCUCGACGACGCGGACUUCCUGGAGGCCAUCCUCAACGCUGCAGACAAGUACGAGAUGCCCAUGGCGCUCGCCGUCCUCCGCACCGCGCUCUUCUCGCCCUUCCUCCCUAUCUCCCCCCUGCGCCUCUACGGCCUCGCGCGCCGCAUGUCUUGGACGCGCGAGGCCACACACGCCGCGCAGGCCGCGCUCUCGCUCGACCUCCUCGCGCCCGCGUCCCUGCCCGAGCUCGUGCGCCUGGAGCCCGCGCACCAGAGCGCGCUGCUCGCGUCACACCGCGCGCGACGCGAGGCUCUCGUCGCGGGGCUCGACGACCCACAGCUCUUCGGGGGCAUCCUGCACGACGGGGGUGGGGCUGGGGCGCUCAUGGACGACGGCGAGCUGUGCCACAACCCGCUCGACCACAGCACGUGGCACGCGCUCAAGUACGCGCUGCUGCGGCAGUUCGAGCGCGCGCCCCCGGGCGCGGAGCUCGGCAGCGCGUUCUUCACGCUGCCGGAGGUCGGGGCGAUGUACGGCGCGCGGUGCGCGAAGUGCGGGCAGGCGAACUAUGUGAUGCCGAAUUUGCUGGAGGGGCUCGCGGCGCUCGUCCGCGAUCUACCUAGGGGCGUCGAGGAUGGGGUGGGAGGAGGAAGCCAAGGACGCAUCGUCCCGUACGCUCACGCAGGACCUCCUCGCGCCCGAAGCCCAGGCCGAGCUGGCCGCGAUGACGCCGCAUCAUCGCAUUCUGCUACUCGAUCUUCACCGCCGGAGACGAGAAGAAUUCUUCAAGAAGCUAGAUGACCCUGCGUCGUUCUACGCAAACGUCUGCGGCGGCCCGUGUGGCUAUGGAUCACCUGCAGACCCUACCAAGCCUUGCUCAGCGGUGUUGGACCACGGCCAUUGGUGGGCACUCAAGUACGCCCUAAUGCGCCAGUGGACACAAAAGCCGUACGACCUGCAGUUGGACGAAACCUUUCACUACAUGCCGGAGGUCAAGAGCGUGUUCCUUGCCAAGUGCCACCAAUGCGACAGGACGCUCUACUCGGUGGCGCCAACCCUGAAGAAGAUCAACGAUAUUAUUCGUGAACUUCCUCGCUGUGUAGAUUGGCCAUAACGCUCCGAAAGAUGCAAGGGCGUCUUGACCGAUUGUGCAGGCAGU